AUGGCUGAAGAACUGCUGGACCAAGUCCGCGACCUAGUGGAUGGUGUUAUUGAUUUCGAAGGCCAGAGGCGAGCUGAAGUUAUCGCUACCUUAUUGCUUGCAGUUUCCGGAUUACUGGCAUUCAACGUCGGAUACACCAAGCAAGAUAUCUUGUUGGCGCUGUAUAUUGGAGGAGCUGGGACUCUUCUGACCUUUCUGGUUGUUGUGCCACCGUGGCCAUUCUAUAACAGGAACCCCGUCAAAUGGCUGCCCGCCGGUUCUAGGGCGGCUAGCACUGGAUAG